AUGACCUCAAAUGAAAGCAACUCGGCGCCCUCUUGCGAUAUAUGCACGGAUAUAUAUCGUUAUUUCGCAGAUCCUAAGUCAAAUCACAGGAUCAAGCUAGGCAGUUUCGACGAAGCUCUUGCUUCACCAUGCCAGGCACACACUCCUAUCGUCAAAGCCUUCCGCGAGCAUGUGGAAAGAAUCAUCGCUCAAGGUGCAGUGAGAGACACGCGAGAUGUCGGCUUUAUGAGAACGGGGACUGGCAGUGCCACAUUGACGCAGUCGCUGUCGAAGCUGGGUGUUUGUUGGUCGUUCCUGUUGGCAGAAAAGCCUGGCCUGAUGGAACAUCCAGGCACUGGACGAAUCCUGGAUCCAGAAUGGGCUGAUAUUGAGAUUGUCAAUAAGUGGAAGCGACAGUGUCUUAUGUCCCAUGGUAUGGAAUGUGACAAUCCCAUGAAAUUGCCUUCAAUCAAACCGGCUUGGCUUGUCGAUGUGGAGAGGAAGUGUGUGGUAGCUGGUCAGGACUGCGAUCGCUAUCUUGCUCUUAGCUAUAGAUGGGGCAAUACGGCAGGCUUUCGACUCGACGAGAGCAUCCUUCAUGAGCUUCAACGAGAAGGUUCGCUAUUCCAGCCUACGCUUCUGGCCAGCUUGCCGCUCAUGAUACAGCACGCAAUAUCUUUGACAGCAGCACUGAGAGAGCGAUACUUGUGGGUAGAUGCGCUCUGUGUUGUGCAUGGAGGUCACAGUUCUACAGCUGAACAGAUCAACCUGAUGUCGGCCAUUUACGCAGGCGCUGUCGUCACCAUUGUUGCUGCUGAUGGAGUGUCCUCUGAUGGACUACUAGGCGUACGGGAUGUCGCUGAACCUAGAGGUCUAAACCAAAAGGUCUACCCUUUUGGAGAUGAGCAGCUCAUCGUUCGAAAUACAGACAUCUUUAGCUUGGAAAACUACAGCGACUAUCACAAGCGAAGCUGGACCUACCAAGAAUUCAAAAUGUCGGCCAGAAAGCUCUUCUUCCAUACCAAAGAACUACAUUGGCAGUGCCAGUGCAGCGUGUGGCACGAAGAGCUUACUUUCGGAACUGAAGCCGAUGUCUACAUCGAUCCACGACCUGGAGUCUUGCUUGCUGGUUUUCCAGACCUCGACUCAUUUGCACAUAUGCUCAGUCAAUACAAUAAUCGGGAUCUCACGUACGACGAAGAUGCUUUAUCAGGCAUAGCUGGUCUAUUGUCAGUCGUGAGUCGAACAUUCACUGGCGGUUUCCUCCACGGCUGUCCCGAAAUGUUCUUCGAACGUGCUCUUGCUUGGAGACCGCAAUGGCACUUCACAAAUCUGAGGAGAAGAGUCAUCUCUGAUAGACCCGCUAGUGCUCGCGUUUCGGCUUCGGCUUUACCUUCGUGGUCAUGGAUAGGCUGGCACGGAAUGAUGACAAUGCAAUACGGAGAAGCAAUGCGAAUCAAUGAUCGGCAGUACUCAAUGGAGGAGAUCAUCCCAGUUACGGAGUGGUAUACAAGUGCUGCGCCAAGUGGGCAGCCACUUCGCAGGAUACGCUCAACUUGGUACGAGAAUCGUGAGCAGUACAAAGACCUGAGCAAACCAUUACCCGACGGCUGGACCCGUCUUGAAGCAGACUCAAUCGGAACCUUCAGAGACGAGCCGAGACUCUACCCAGACGGCUGCGGCAAGUACGUCUUUCAGCAUCGUGACAUGCCAGCAAAGGACAGUCAGUACUGGUACUACCCAUUCCCUGUCGCCAAAAUAGACGCCACUACUCCCUUCUUCACACCAGAACAAACGCCCUAUCUCAUGUGCAAAACACAAAAGGCGGAGCUAUGGUCAUAUCGAGCGGACCCUGACACGUUCGUCGGCCCUAACGCCCACAUCCUCCACCUCUGCAAAGAAAUGGGCUCUUCGUCCAUCGGGACGUUACAUUUACAGACAGACGAACAACUCAAUACGUGGCCGGAAUUCAAACCUGGCGACCUUCCACCCGAAGGACGAAGUAUUGAAGUUGUCGCGAUAAGUCGUUCAGUGCAAUACAACAAAACUUUCAACGAGGAGUUGAAGCGAUACGACCACCCUCUUACACGGAAUGAAGUCUACAACGUUCUUUGGGUUGAAUGGAAGGAAGGUAUAGCCUAUAGACUUGCGAGUGGACGCGUUGACAAGACGGCUUGGGAGGAAUUGUCGCUUGAGGCGAUAGACCUUGUCUUGGGUUGA